GAGCCUGGUACUGGGGACAGUUAUGUCCUUGGGAUGGCCCUGGCUCCUGCCCUGUAGGCAGUAGCUACCGCUGUGUGUCCAGCUUUUCACUGAGGCCGGCAUGUCUGUCUUUUCUCAGACUAUGAAGAGUGCAAAGACCUCCUAAAAUCUAUGCUGCGGGAUGAGCUUCAGUUCAAGGAGGAGAAGCUUGCAGAGCAGCUCGAGCAAGCUGAGGAGCUCAGGCAAUAUAAAGUCCUGGUUCACUCUCAGGAACGAGAGCUGAGCCUGUUAAGGGAGAAGUUGCGGGAAGGGAGAGAUGCCUCCCACGCAUUGAAUCAGCAUCUCCAGGCCCUCCUCACUCCGGAUGAGCCGGCCAACUCCCAGGGGCGGGACCUCCAAGAAUGGCUGGCUGAGGGCUGUAGGCUGGCACAGCACCUCGUCCGAAAGCUCACCCUAGGUAAGGUUUCCAUAGGACCUGAUGACCCAAAACCCCAGGCUUAUGUGAGAGUGCACACCUCUGUACUUUUACACUGACAGUUGUAUCGGUGG